GCGUGCGACAUCGCAACAUUUUGGGGGAUGUCAGAUGCGAUCGUCAACUGUUAUGGAUCAUACUAACAUACCAGCUUGUGCUUUGUACAGACAUAUCGGUACUGUUAUAGUAAGGCUGAAGAUGGAAGUGUCAACCAUGCUAUGUUGGAGUCGGGAUGUGUGCCCGGCGUCCGGUUGUCCGGAAUCUAUGCACAGGCCCUCCGGAUGUGAACAAUGCGCUAGGACUAGAUUAAAUAGCAAAUGUUGUGACUGUGAUAGUGUGCAUGUGGAUAAAAGCCGACCUUACAGAUCGAGCACAGCAAGAAGUAGAUACGUCAACGUUUGCGCGGCGGUUUGCCUGUUAUUACUUGUCGGGGGUCUCACGCCACAGUCUUCAGCAGCACCUCGUAGAAGCCGCAGCACAAUGCAACGACAAAAACGUGCAGCUGAUACAUCUGAAAACUACCUGUGGAGCAACCCUUGUGACCUUAAUAACCUUACUACAGUCAAUGUACCAGAUCCAAAAACAGUCGCGCCGAAGCUCAUCGCGCAGGCUACGAGCGCCUACAGGUCGGCAACUAAAUACAAGGAUACAUUGGCGUUGCAACUGCACAGUUUCCAGAGCUUCGACGAAUUGAUAACCCAAUGGGUAGGAAACGAGUGGCUUAGGAAGUUUUCGUUCUCUGCAGAGGUGCUGCCUAAAGAUAAAACACUUUAUAAGGAGGCAUCGGAGGAACAACUUGAGAGUUUAAUGGGUAACAUCGAUACUGUUCUUCCAUCGAUGUACAAAGCUCUAAAACUGAUAGUGGCUGGUUUGCACGCGUUCUCUAACGGUCUCAACGACAACAUCAUAGCUGACGAAGCUUUGAAGGAGAACACCAAUCAAACUAUGCACGAUGUUCGAGCUGUUCUCUGCUACUUUUCUGACAUUAUGAGGGCGCGAAAUCUUGAACUCAUUCCACUACCUGAGUCUGAGGUUCCGGUCAUACCAUCGGAUAAUAUGGUGACCGACGGACUUCUCAUCUACAGAGACACUCUCAACUAUUUGGAAUACUUGAGACAAGUCUUCAAGAAGCUGUAUGGUUAAAUCGUUUGAAAACUCAUGACUGGCCAAGAGGCUGCCAAUGAAGAGUGCUUCCUCCUGGCUUUCCACGGCUAUCGUACUUAUUCUUUGGUGCUUAAUAAACUUAACAACUAUACUCUUCAGUUGGCGUAUAAUGUUGGGUUAUUAAUCUCAUUGUAGUUAAAUUAUUCGCACCUUUAGAUAUUUUAGCUUAUGAAUGUAGUAAAAAUGUCAUUGCCAUUACUUUGCCAUUUUGGUCUAGAUCGAAACAGUUCCUUUGUUUUUUGUGUAAAUAGUGACGAAUUUAAAAAUAAAAAGUAUGUGUAUUAUUUAUUACGUGCAGCGAAUUAACUUUCUAAAUUUUCCGAUUAUCCUAGUCAAGGUCUAACUUAUUUAUUUGGCGCUUAAAUUCCACUUUAGUUUCGGUUUUUUUAUUUUUUUAUGUAUAUAUUAUUUAAUUUAGAUUUUAAUUUCCCCGUCUUUAGUGUUGUGAAACGUAUUUUAAAUGUGCUAAUCGAUAGUUUAUAUUAUCAUAGAGUUUAUAUUAUCAUAGAGUUAUGAUAAUAUAAACGAUAUAUAUGAGAUAGUUUAUAUUAUCAUAGAGACUUACUGUACGGCAUACGUUCAAGCAGCCUUGAUUGUAAAGUUUGGAGAUUUAAGUGGAAAAUACGUUUCAUGAGCACUCCGAAGGCAGGGUGGUGGUAAGGCCCAAUCAUUCCGUGGACGUUGAUCGACGACAAUGUUGGUCAAAUUGUUUUGUUGGCCCGUGCCUGUCUCUUGUGAAGAAUCAUGAUUGUGAAAUUCGAUAAUUAAUUCUAUCGAAACUAACAUUUAUUGCUACGACCACAAUAAAGUCGAGGCUACAUUACUCUGUGAACUUACCUUUUAAUUGUAUAUUUUAAUUCCUAAUUUCACAGUAUUACUUGACACUUUGUUAACUAUUUAUACUGUUACGGAAAUCCAAUCAAAUGUGUCGUCUAGCUUUAAUAGAGCUGUUAAUUAUAUAAUUGUAAAGUACAGUGCCAGUGUAUUUAUGACUUAAUCAUUAUUUGUACAGUUCAAAUGGUACUUAUUUAUAACUGGUGCAAACACUUGGGAUUUCUGUGUUUGUGAAAUUAAAUUAUU